GGCAAAAUUCGUUUCCAGCCAUGCUUGCGGCGGUUCCGACCAAACACCACGUUGGAUCUCCAAAGUCCUUUUCACCCACCAGUGACGAUGAUGAGGUGGCCGUCGGUUACAUGCGUCCAGCCUCCACCCGUCCUCCGACUCCUGGGUGCAAAAAACCGAUCGCAUUCCCCCUGGCUCACAAGAAACGCCCCAGCCAUUCAACCCUCCGAGAAAGAGGAAACCAAGCAGAGGCCGCCCGCUCCAUCCUCUACCGGAUUCCCUCACCUCCAUCCAGAACGACCCCCAAAUCUCUCCAUCUAGGUUUCUUCCCUUUCUUUUUCUCUAUUCGAUUCGAUACUCAUUUAGAUUUCUUUCUUUAGAUCGAUCGAUCGAUCGAUCUUGGCCGGAGAUGGCAGCGGCCACGGCCUCGCGGCGGCUCCGCGAGCUCCAGUACCAGGCAGGGAACAAGACGUGCGUGGAUUGCGCCCAGAAGAAUCCGCAGUGGGCCUCCGUCUCCUACGGCGUCUUCAUGUGCCUCGAGUGCUCCGGCAAGCACCGCGGCCUCGGCGUCCACAUCAGCUUCGUCCGCUCCGUCACCAUGGACUCCUGGACCGACAUCCAGCUAAAGAAGAUGGAGGCCGGCGGCAACGACCGCCUCAACGCCUUUCUCUCCCAGUACGGCGUUCCCAAGGACACCGACAUCGUCGUUAAGUACAACAUUAAGGCUGCCGCCGUCUACCGCGAUCGCAUCCAGGCCCUUGCCGAGGGCCGCCCCUGGCAGGACCCUCCUGUUGUCAAAGAAACCCUCCCCCGCUCAACCGCCCGCUGUGCCACUGGGGCCAGAAAACCACCGCUGGGGCAGACCGGUGGCAAGACCGGCAACUCGGUGAUUAAUGGGGGCUGGGAUAGAUGGGAUAAUGACGACUUCCGAUCGUCGUCCGAUAUCAGGCGGCACCAGUCGGUUGGCGAUCUCAGGGGAGGGAGCGACGGCGGCAGAGAGGGGAGAGGUUUUCCUUCGAGGUCCAGGUCCACGGAGGAUAUGUACACGAGGUCCCAGCUGGAGGCCUCAGCGGCGAACAGGCAGAGCUUCUUCGCAAGGAAGGUUGUGGAGAAUGAGGCUCGGCCUGAGGGGAUCCCGCCGUCUCAGGGAGGGAAGUACGUGGGAUUCGGGUCAACCCCGCCACCACGGAGCAAUUCCCAGGGAGACAUGUUCUCCCUUGUUUCUCAGGGUCUUGGUCAACUUUCCCUGGUUGCAGCUUCUGCCGCUCAGUCUGCGGCUAAUGUUGUCCAAGCUGGCACAAAGGAGCUGACUUCCAAGGUGCGGGAGGGGCGCUAUGAUUAUAGGAUGAAUGAAACAGUGAAUGUGGUUGCCACAAAAACUACUGAAAUUGGACAGAGAACAUGGGGAAUUAUGAAAGGAGUCAUGGCAAUGGCAUCGCAGAAGGUUGAGGAAUACACAAAGGAAGGGAUGGGCUGGAAUGGAGAUGACUGGCAGCGAAAUGAGAAUGAGAGAAACGGAUAUUAUAAAGAGUUUGGAGAGGAGAAAGCUUGGCAGGGUUGGGAUUCUCCUGGAGCUCAUUCUUCUGGUAGAGGCUCGUGGGAUGAUUGGGAUGCAAAAGACAAGAAGGAAGAGCAUGGGAAGGGGGCCCAAGAUCGACAUGGCUGGGGUGGUUGGCACGAUGUAAAAGAUGAUUGCUACGAGAAUUAUCACCACAGCUCGUCAAAAAAGGCCACUAAUCAGAAUUUAAAAUCUAAUUCUACGUCUACAUGGACAGAGGGUGGCUUCCUCUAAUAAAAGGGUCAUUUGUUUCUUGGUUUCUUUUAUCUUGGUAUAUCAUGUUCUUAAUGCAGUCAACUUUUUUUGACCGCAGGAAGACUACCCAUUAUCAAGUAUAUCUCUAUGGCAAACAAUGAUCCGAAGAUUUCUGUAUUAUUUUAUUUUUUCAUGUUUGUAACAUAACAAUAUUUAAUUUAUGUUCCAGUUUUCCA